UAGCCUCGACUUGCCCUGUGUUUUUAUUUCAUUUUACUUAUUCAAGAGUCUGUGGACUUCUCUGUUGAGUUUAGACUUUAAAAUUAUCAGUCUAAAAUUAUUCAAGGAUAGAACAAAAGAUUCUUCACUCACUGGUAAAUCAAAUGAUAUUUAAAGCGAGUUUAAAUUACUCAAAUGAACCACUUUCCACCCCACCAAUACCAAGAUUCCACAUUUGCCAUCCAUCAACGCUAUGAGGAUACCUCAUAUGUUAUAUUUCACCAAAUUCAAAAAGUGAAACCAAAGGGUAAAGCUGGAGCCCAUGGAGCACCCUACAGCUCCCCUCCUUUAAGGCAACAACAAUCAGCUGGAGUUGGUGUUCGUGACAGACCUUCACCAGGUCCCAAAUCUCCAGACCACGUUGUACAGAGCAAGGUCUGCAACAUUAUUUAAAGGCUUCAUAAAAGGAAAAGCACAAAUAGCCUUCCAUAUUUACUGCUUUGAGAAAUCAGAACACAGGUCUAAAACUUUUUUAUAGAAUAUUUAAGGCCUUGGUUCACAACAACCUGAAGACAUCCAUACAAUUUUUACAUACACUAUUUGAGGCUUUGGUUCACACUUUCUCAACCCCAAUGAAUGGAGCUCCACCCAUUCCUUGAUGACACUAUCCAGCCGUCCCCACUAUGGUGGUAUGUGUUGCCCAUAGCGGGAGACUGCCCAUCAAUGAGGGUGGGGCACUCCUCUGUGUUUGUGCCAGCUCUUCACACUGAUGAGAGUGAUAAAGUGUUUGUUAUAGGGGGUGCCAACCCUGGGCAAGUAUUUAAUGAAGUUUAUGUUCUGGAUCUGAAGUCUAGGAAAUGGGAUACACUAGAAGCCACAGGAUUCCGUGGCAGGUACGAGCACGCUGCCUUCUAUGUUCCAAAUAUACCUGGGAAAAUUUUUGUUUUCGGUGGCGCCACUCAGUCUGGAAGCUUAAAUGACAUCCAAGCCCUGGACGUAUCAUCAGGCUUGUGGUCAGAUGUUGAGGUAUCUGGCACGCCGCCCUCCCCGCGUACACACCGUAGUUCAGUUGUGAUAGGGUCCAAAGUUUAUUUCUACAGCGGGGGUCACAGUGGCCCCGACCCCGUGGGUGACCGGCGAGUUCACUGCCUGGACACCAGUACCAUGUCGUGGAGCUCCCUGGCUCCAAACGGGAACUCUCCUAAACCUCGCCACGGCCACGUUAUGGCAGCGGUGAACAACAAGAUCUAUUUACACGGAGGAAUGGCCGGCUCAACAUUCUAUGACGACCUGUACGUGCUAGACCUGGUAAAGUGUGAGUGGAGCUUAGUGAAAAAGAAAAAGACCUCACCCCCAGCGCGUGCUGCUCAUGAAGCAAUUGUCCACAAUAAAGAGCUCUUCUUAUUUGGAGGAAUGAAUAAAUCUGGUGCCUUGGAUGAUGCAUACAAGUUUAAUACAGAAAGCAACACAUGGACGCAGGUCAAGUUUGAAGGACCUGCCCCACCCAACCGGCUGGACUUUGCCAUGUGUACCAUCAGACUUAAGUUCCCAGCUCACUGCCCACAGGCUCAUCCUGAGAGCCAGUUGUCAGGGGUCAGCACCAAGGUCAAGGAAGUUUUAGAAAGGGAGUUAAAACCAGGAAGUGCUAGCUCUAGGGAAUCUGUCUCAGAGAGUGGAAGUGUAGACGAGCCAUUAUUUGUUCUAGAGCCAGAAGCUGCUCCAGCUCAGUGUAAUAGCACGCUAUCAGCUGGAGAUGAGGAGGUCAAAGGUCAAGAGCUGCCAGUAGCCAUGGAGGAGAGAACUCUGGUUCUGAUAAACGGUGGGAUGGACACUGAAGGGGAAAUCUUUGAUGAUACCCUUGUUUUAUGCUUGUGAGCUAGAGCAGAAUCUAGUGUUUAAAAUGGCUUGCUAUGGAAAUCCUGUGUUCUUUUAAAUUAUUUUAUUUCACUG